CCUUGAUGGCAGAGACGCGAUCCGUUAUAUUUUGUAGUUGCACAACUCUGCAGAGCGGAGGGCCACGACGUACGAUUCGAUUUCGAUUUUGACGAUUCAUACACAUUCGAAAAGAGCAUGGUCACUAUUUUCAUUCGCCGCUCGUCCUAAACCCCCGAGCAGCGCCUUGCUCUACCCAGGAUCGUCCCUCCUGCAGGCACAAGGACUCCAAACGACAUUACACCAAACGACAGCAACCCAUUAAAGAUCCGCCAAGAUGAUGGCCUCACUGCAGGUCCGUGGGCCCGAUUACUCGGGUACCAAACAAAAGGCCCUAGAAGAUGCGAAGAAAAUGCAAAAGGCAAUCAUUGAGAUCUGCAACAAGUCUGGAAAGGAGGUACCGCAAUACCAUCUCACAGAACUCAUUGGCAAAGGAAGUUUCGGUCGAGUUUACAAGGCUAAAUCGUUAACUCGCGGGCAACUUGUUGCUGUCAAAAUUAUCGAUAUUGAAGAAGGCGAUACGGCAAACCCGAAAAUGGCAGACACUUACAGCGACCUCCUCAAAGAAAUCAACGCUCUCAAGAUUCUUGGCGACCGAGGUGCAAAGAAUAUCAACCUCGUUAUUGAAGCUAUGCCCGUUGGACAGUCCAUGUGGGUUAUAACGGAAUACUGCGCCGGUGGCAGUGUCGCUACUCUUAUGCGGCCAACCGCACCAGGUGGAUUGCAAGAGAAAUGGAUCAUUCCUAUUCUUAGGGAAGUGGCUGAAGCUAUCCACUGGGUACAUGGAGAGGGCAUCAUCCACCGUGAUCUCAAGUGCGCUAAUGUACUCGUUACGGAGGACGGCAAUGUCCAACUCUGCGAUUUUGGUGUCGCUGGUGUUAUUGAAACCAAGUUUGACAAACGAACGACAUUCAUUGGCACACCCCACUGGAUGGCUCCAGAACUCUUCGAUGAGGCCACCUCGUACGGUACUGAGGUAGACAUAUGGGCGUUUGGCGCCAUGGUCUACGAAAUUGCCUCUGGCGUACCACCCAACACAGCGUUUGGCAUGGACUUUUCUAAACUAAGCAGCCAUCUGAAGCAACACAGUCCCCGUUUAGAUGGCGACCAGUAUUCUACUGGGCUGAAGGACCUUGUUGCAUACUGCUUACAACAUGACCGAAACAAGCGUCCCAACAUUGAACAAGUUCAACGUCAUCGAUAUAUUUUCAACACUUCAGAGGAGUUUCCAACAUCGUCUCUCUCGCACCUUGUUCGCGCAUUUAAGCUAUGGGAAGCACAAGGCGGAGACCGACGCUCGCUCUUCUCCGCGGGUGGUGCCCAAGGACUGGCUGAAGCGCCGCUGGCUGUUGCUUUGGCAAACGAUGAUUGGAACUUUAGUACUACCGCUGCGUUUGACCAACAAGUAUUCAACAACGGCGGUGCCCAAGAAGUCUACGAUGUAUAUGGUUCAGAUGUCGACUUUAGCCAGCAAAGCUUCGAUGAGGCAACUCUGCAACAAAAGCCAAAGUCCCGCCGACGACCACCACCUCAACUACCAACUGUCAAGGCACCGUUAGAAAAGCUGUUCGACCCAAACACCCUCUCAUCAUAUGAUGACAACUCUAGAUUAUAUUACGGGCGCCCCGUUAUUCCACCCCCAACGUCGGAUCUGCCACUACGCGAUGCAUCAGCCCCGGCUGCAGAUGUUAGAGAGUCUCUCAUCGAUCUAGAUGCGUCGCUGUACGGCAGCGAUUUGGCCAAUUUCACAGACAUGGAUACCAUUAGAGCUGGUAAUCCACGUCUGACUAUUGAUUACGACUUUGGCGAUGUUACCUACACACCAGGCCCUUUAAGUGACCCCGCCGAUGGAAACCUGAAUCGACGAACUCAAGACUGGAAGUUUCCAACACUGGCACCACCGGCGUCUGCCAACCCCGAGGUAUUCAGAUUCCCUUUCCAUGGGGACAACGGAAUGCAGGAUGAUAGACCACCGCUGCUCCACCGCCCUACAGAACCUCUUCUGCCUUCCGCUGGAUUUAGCGAUAUGGCACUUGAUGAUGCCUUUGACGCUCGAGCAUCUGUUGGAAGUUUGAUUGACCUCGACAUGAGCUUUGCAGAUCCUCCACCGAUGGACUAUACACGCCCAUCCACAUCCCAUUCCGACAUUGGCUCUAUUAAUGGAUCUGAGAUUGGUGGCGCAAAUCCUUUCGAGUUGGAGAAACAUGCGUCUCUAUAUGUUAUGCCAACCACGAUGCGCGAACCUUCUCUCUAUGUUACAGACGACUCUGAUUACUCCACCGCGCUCUCUGGAUUCUCCGAUAUGUCUCUGACGGCGAAGAAGAGCGAGCCCUCGAGCGAAACCCACGGACUGUUGCCAUCACAGGAGCAGUUCCACAACAACCGACCAUACUCACUAAGCGACUUUGCUGAUACGGAACCUGAAUCCUAUACCCCACCGAAGCUACCGUCCAUGGAUUCAAAUAACUUUGGAUCUAGCUACCGAAGCGAUGGAAGUGAAGGCCAACCCUUCCCAUCUCUCUCGGUUGCACACCCUGAAGACGGGCUACCUCACAUGCCGAGUGCCCCUGCACCUCAUAUCAUGAUGGGCCAGGCAUCUCAGGAUGAAAUCAGAGACGAGUUACGACGUAUCGCCAUGAGCUUGAGCGAUCACUUGAGCUACACCCAAGACUAUCUUGCCAACUUGCCAGUUAAACGCCGCAGCGCGAUACAAGUUGCGACGCCGACUUCGGAAGGAGAAUAAAUCCCACCACACACACCUGGGAACUGUUAUGAGAUAUGUGAUUGCUUAAAGAGCGCGUUGCCCUCAUGUUUUAUUAUUGCGACGGAGCAGGACUCGAGUUACAAUGACGGAAAAGAAAUGUACUAUAGAUGAGAUAUUGUACUCUUAUUGUUUCAAAAUCAAGUGCUUAUCAUUUC